AUGAAAUUCAACAUCUUCUUAUCCUCAUUUCUCUCCGGUUCUGUUGCGCUAGUCUCUGCCGCAUCAAUUCUGGCCAGGGUCCAGCUAGUGAAGAAUGACACCUUCUCAGGAGUGCUUCCUCCUAUCAAUGCUUCCAGUCUCGCCAUGAUAAAGCCCCCUGAGGGUUUCCAGUUGAGCAUUACUUGGGAUGCGAGAGUGGAGCUAUCCUGGUUUGAGGAUUACGUAAACACAAUGGAAGCGAUGAUUGCUUACGCCAAGCAACCGUGGAACGGCUUCGCAGGCCAACUUCCAAACAUUAUCUCGUCUCCGUGGUUCGAUUCGAAGCUCGAAAUAGGCCGACUUCGGUCUGAACUCCAAAUCAAGCACAUCAUCGCGGCACUGUAUGCAACAGGAGUUACCAUUGGUGCUCGCCAUGGUUCAGACACGUUCAAACUUGACGCUAAAAUCAUUCUUCACGAUCGCCAGGUCGGAUGGUUACUAUACAGCCUCAAACGCUUGAACCUGGAAGGUUAUACAAUCAACAACACGGUUCUUUUAGGCGGCGGCUACUCUAACAAUACUCUCUCGACAAGCAUUUCAGAACAGUCACCCAAUCCCCUCGUUGCUCUCCCUAGUGGCCUCUCCGCCCGCCGCUCGGGCUGGGUCACUGAUCGUAGCGAUUCGAAUUUCAAGGUCCAUUUUGAAUGCGAGGGUACAUCCAUCUCCGCAAGCAGAGUAUUUACAGCUUUCUUAGACGGCCUAGCCACCGCGGCGCAACACGAUAACGACGAGACAGGUGCGGAAAUGCGUGUUCACAGCGUUGACAAUCACGUAUCGAUUGUCAUGUACAAAGAUCCCGGCGCGGCAACCUUUACUUGGGGCGAUCUGAAAUCUGCUUUGGCAUUGAUCUGGCGGGAAAUAGUGGUAGGAUACCAAAGUAGUGAAGGUUCGUCGUGGGAGGAUAUGAAUUUUGGGAUAUUCUACAAGAAAAAGAAGAUAGGUGAGGGUUACGUGAUUUAUUUCGAGACGCCUCCACUGCCGUUUGAGACGGCCGUAGCAAGAUAA